AUGUCGAUUUCUCACUGGAUGAAGGGCCAUGGGGCGACAAUGGGAGUAAUCUGGUUGGCAGAGGAAUUCGGCAAGCUUCCGAAACUCUCCAUCCUCUUGAUGUACUACAACCGGCUUUCCGGCGAGAUCCCUGCGAGCAUCGGCCUCCUCCCCAAGCUGACGGACCUCCGGCUCUUCAGCAACAACCUGACCGGGGUUCUCCCGCCACAACUGGGGGAAUACUGCCCGCUGUGGAAUGUUGAGGUCGAUGACAACAUGAUCUCCGGCGAGCUGCCCCAGAAUCUCUGCGCCGGCGGAGCUCUGUCCUCGAUCAUCGUAUCUAACAACAACCUCACCGGCAACCUACCGGCGUCUCUCGGCAACUGCUCCACUCUCGGCAACAUCAUGAUCCAAAGCAAUAGAUUCUCCGGUGACUUCCCCGCCGGGAUCUGGUCCUCGGCUGUUAAUAUCACGACGGUGAUCAUGCACGACAACGCCCUCUCCGGCACCUUGCCGGACAAGCUGCCAUGGAAUCUCUCCCGGCUGGAAAUGGAGAACAACCGAUUCUCCGGCGAUAUCCCGUCGUGGGCGGGGAAUCUUUUGGUCUUCUUGGCGGACAACAAUUCGUUCUCCGGCGAGAUCCCGGCGAACAUGACCGGACUCUCCCAUCUCCAGAUUCUAUCCCUCGCAGGGAACCAUAUCUCCGGUGAGAUCCCGCUGGCGAUAUCGACGCUGAAAGCGCUCACCACGCUCAAUCUCAGCCACAACCAGCUCACCGGGGAGAUCCCCGCAUCGAUCGGGUCGCUGCAGGUGCUGAACACCCUCGACCUCUCUGUAAACCAGCUCUCUGGCGUGAUUCCGGUGGCGAUCGGUAACCUCAAGAUCAACUUUCUCAACCUCUCCUCCAACCGCCUCUCCGGCGAGAUCCCGAUCUCGCUCCAGAACCCAGCGUACGACCACAGCUUCCUCUCUAAUCCGCAACUUUGCUCAUCUGACCUGCUCCUGAACGUCCGAUCCUGUGAAACUGGAUCGGGCGGCUCAAAUGGGUUGUCUCGAGGCGUGCGGAUCAUGUUCAUCGUCCUGGGUGUACUGAUUUUUGUGAUCGCGGCCGGGUUCGCCAUCUUCGUGAUCAGGGAUUGCCGGAGGAGAAAAGAUGGUGAUGAUCUUGCCAAGUGGAAGCUGACCUCUUUCCAGUCGUUGGAUUUCACGGAGUCGUCCAUCGUCCGUGGGCUCACGGAGGAUAACCUCAUCGGGAGCGGCGGGUCUGGAAAGGUCUACAGAAUCCACCUCGACAAUCGUGCAAGAGAUAUCGUGGCCGUUAAAAAGAUCUGGAAUAGCAAGAAAUGGGAUUCCAAGUUAGAGAAGGAGUUCCAAUCAGAGGUCGAGAUCUUGAGUUCGAUCAGGCAUGCAAAUAUCGUCAAGCUGCUCUGCUGCGUCUCCAGCGUUGAUUCCAAGCUCUUGGUGUACGAGUACAUGGGGAAUGGUAGUUUGGAUCGGUGGCUCCACACGAAGCGGAGGGUGGAGGCUACAUCGGUGGUCCUUGAUAGAUUAGAGAGUGGUCCACGACCGUUGGAUUGGCCAUCCAGGCUUAGGAUUGCUGUAGGGGCAGCACAAGGAUUGUGCUAUAUGCAUCACGAUUGCUCGCCACCGAUAGUACAUCGCGAUGUGAAGUCCAGCAAUAUAUUAUUGGAUUCGGACUUUCGAGUUAGGAUUGCCGAUUUUGGUCUGGCCCGGAUGCUGGCCAAAUCUGGUGAGCUUGAUACAGCGUCGGCCAUAGCAGGUUCGUUCGGAUACAUGGCUCCAGAGUAUGCAUACUCAAGGAGGGUGAAUGAAAAGGUGGAUGUAUAUAGCUUUGGAGUGGUUCUUCUAGAGCUGACCACUGGAAGAGAAGCAAAUGAUGGAGGGGAACAUGGUAGCUUAGCAGAAUGGAUUUGGCGUCAUGUCCAAGAUGGUAAUAAGUUGAUGGAUGUCAUAGACCAAAAUAUAAGAGACCCAUUGUAUGUGGAUGAGAUUGCUGCAGUCCUUAAGCUUGGUAUUAUCUGCACGGGUACGUUGCCUUCCACGAGACCAACAAUGAACGAGGUGCUGCAGAUACUACUCAGGUAUGAAAGAAUGCAUGGGAUUGGGGAUAAACCCUAUGCCGAGUAUGAUGGAGCUCCCCUUCUACAAGCUAGAAGGAGCAGUAGAAAUAAAAGGCCCUCUGAUGGAGAUGAGUGUAAUGAUGAUGGUAGCUUGGCAUGUAAUGUGUGAAGUGAGGAAUUUGAGGAUGGAGUUACGCUUAUGGCGCAUUUGGGGGGAUGUCCGCAUGAUUUCAACGGUGAGAUAAGGUGAUAAACUUCAGCACACACUUCACAACAUCUUAUGUGGAACUUGUAGUAGAAAGGUCCUCUGGAUGCCUCGUGAACUAGUGAUACUGGAAUGAACACAGUUAGGGUAGAGUAUUUUCAAGUUAUAUGCUCUCACAAGAAAAUAUCUACAAUAAUUAUCAUCUAAAGAAAAAUAAAACUUAGGAUAUAUUUUCUUAAACCAUAUAGGAUGAUAGAGCUUCACAGUUUAUAGAUAUAUGUAAACACAUAUUUCAAUUACUUGAGUGAGUUGACUUUAGAGUCAUUUUUCCGUCAUACAUUUCCCUUUUAAGUGGAAACUCUUCACAUAUGUAAUAUUUAUUUGAAAAUGCAAAUCGGAUCUUUUGUUAUGGGCUU